AUGAAGGCUACCAGCAGUCACAACUGUCUGAGACUCUGCGUACUGUCGUGUUUGUUUGUGCUGCACAUAUCUUCGCGCGUGGCUGGAAACAUGGCCUCUCCGUCACGUUUUGGCGUUGCCAGUACAGAAGUUCACCGCAAUCGACACCCCAAACAGAGGAACUCUUAUUUUAGACCUGUCCUAGAAAGCCAGACCAAAGAUGAAGCUGUGCGUCUCAUGUUAAAUCUAUACAGGAUAGCUGCGGAUGCAGAUGGACGACCAAAGCAGCCCAAGUUAUUUGGGUCCAACACUGUAAAGCUGCUUCAAGCGUCCACCACUGAAAAGCACUUCCUCUUAACCUCAAGUGAUCUUCAGUAUACCUACACAGUGAAAUAUGAACUGAAAAACCUCUUGUUGGACAAAUUAGUGAGGGCGUCUUUUAUGCACCUAAGGUCGCCUGUGUCAUCCCAUCUUCCUUUUAUCUGUGAGGCGAGAGUCACAUCUCUUCAAGAUCUUCCCGCAGGUGACCGUGUCAUCAUGGGUCCUCGAAGCCUGUGGACCGAAUCCGACGUCACAAACCAUGUGUCCGAGUCGAAAGAUGGCCACGUAUCCCUCUUUGCCCAUUAUCGAUGCACACAACAAGAACAUGCCAGGUCCAUUACACAUCGAAAACAUUUCCCACCUCAACACCAUCUUCAAGCUCCUGUUUUGCUGCUGUUCCUGGAGGAGAACAAGCAGCCUGUGGAAUGGGGGAAGUACAUCACGCCCCUUUCCCGCCCCAGGACCCGUCGUUCUGGGGAACCCGGGAGCAUCAUCUCUGACAUCCCCAACUACAAGCAAGGGCCGAACAGCGUGGCCAAAAACCAUUGCAAGCUGCACUCCUAUCGUGUGUCAUUUAAAGAUUUGGGAUGGGACCACUGGAUCAUUGCACCCCCCAAGUACAAUCCUCGUUACUGUAAGGGAGACUGUCCUCGUAUUCUGCAUUACGGCUACAGUUCACCCAAUCAUGCGAUCAUGCAGACGUUCAUCAGCGAGCUCGGUGUGGCAGAUAUCCCGUUGCCCUCUUGCGUGCCUUAUAAAUACAAACCUGUCAGUGUGCUGAUGAUGGAGAGGAAUGGAAACAUAGUUUAUAAAGAAUAUGAAGAUAUGAUUGCAGACUCCUGCACCUGCAGAUGA